CCUCCUCCCUCAUCCACACCCCCGGCCCUCUGUCUGAUCCAUCUUCUCUCUGAAGUAAGCUUGAAUAUCUGACAGUGCAAGCAAAGCAAAGCAAGCACCAAAGGCUAAUAUUUCUCUUGAUAUAAUUCCUACUAGAAACAGAAGUACAGAACCAACCCUCUUCUUCCAUAAGUGCGUCUCCUCCUCUUUCCUGUAUCCGGCUCAUCGCCCACAUGACAGCAGCUGGGCGAGGCGAGGCCGCUAGUCACCUCACUGGCCGGCUGCAAUGGUGGUGGAAGCUGCAAAGGCUGAGGGCCUUGCCCCCUCCCUGCUCCUUUGUCCUCUCCAUUAGCCCUUGACGCAACAAGAGAAGGCCAGAAGCAUCAGCAGCAACAGCAAGAAGCAUCUUCUCUCUGGAGCCGCGGAGCCGCCGAGAAGAGGACGACGGAUCAGGAGGACCAGGAGGAGGCAUGGAUCUUUCUGGCACGCAGGGCGAGCUCGCGAUCCCAAUGCACGCCAACGUCGCGUCGCCCUACGGAGGCGGCGGCGGAGGCGGCCAUGUCCUGCAGCAGCUGCACGGCCGUGGUGACCACGGCAGCAACAACAAUGGCCAGCAGUCUCCGGUGUCGGCGGCGGCGCUGACGCCGUCCCCGCCUGUUGCCGCGGUGGAGGAGACGGAGAGCUCCGGGAAGAAGCGCGGGCCGGUGGCCGGCGCCAGCUCCGCGGUGAAGUACCGGGAGUGCCUCAAGAACCACGCGGCGGCCAUCGGCGGGAACGCCACCGACGGGUGCGGCGAGUUCAUGCCCAGCGGCGAGGAGGGCUCGCUGGAGGCGCUCAAGUGCUCCGCCUGCGGCUGCCACCGCAAUUUCCACCGCAAGGAGGUGGACGACGACGACGACGACGUGUACGCCGCCGCCGACGGCUUCAGCGGCCUGGGCCUGGGCCACGGGCACCGCGCCGCCCGCCGUCUCCUGGCGCCCGCCAUGGCGCACCCGCACCACAAGACCGGCGGCGGCGGCGGGCUCCUGAUCUCCGGUGCCGACCCCUACGGCGCCUACGCGGCGUCGCGCGCGCUCCCUCCGGCGCUUCCGCCGCCGCCGGGGCACGGGCACGCCCACCACCACCAGUACGUGAUGCCGCUGAACAUGAUGCACACCUCGGAGUCCGACGAGAUGGAGGGCGGCGGAGGCGGCGCGGUCGCAGGCUGCGUCGACGCGGCGCGCGGCGGCGGCAGCGGCGGGUCGUCGUCGUCCAGGAAGCGGUUCCGCACCAAGUUCACCCCGGAGCAGAAGGCGCGCAUGCUGGAGUUCGCGGAGCGCGUGGGGUGGCGCCUCCAGCGGCUGGACGACGGCAUGGUGCAGGCCUUCUGCCAGGAGAUCGGCGUGAAGCGGCGCGUGCUCAAGGUGUGGAUGCACAACAACAAGCACAACCUCGCCACCAAGCGCCUGGAGGCCUCGCCGGCGGCCGCGCAGGAGCAGCAGGCGAUGGCGCCGGGCAUGGCGUCGCCGCCGCCGCCGCCACCACCGCAGCACCACAUGCCUCUUCACAUGCCCGCUGCAGUCAUGCCGCCGCCGCCGCCGCCGCUGCCAACGCAGACCGGGCCGUCCUGCCACCGCGGCGGUCCCGGCUCCCCGCUGCCGCUCAAGCUCGAGUGACCACCGACAACCUGACAAAGAAGAAGAAGAAGAAGAGGGUGGCCACCAUUGAUCCGUCCUGGUAAGUGGGUAACCUAGCUAGCUAGCAGACCAACCGACCAGCCGACCGCAUCGAUGGCCAUUUCACUGUUCCAUUAAUCCAUUCCGUCCCAAAGAUCGUCGUCGAAGCAGGGAGAGAAGUGCGUGGUGAUGAACUUUUCUUGAUUGAAACAACAAAACGAACAAGUCGAGGUUAUUAUCGUCAUUUUUUUUCCUCUCCUGGUGUUUUUGUUGGUUUGUCACAAUGUAGGGGAGCAAGCAAGCAAGCAUGCAUGAUAGUAUAGUAGUAGCUGAUCGAUUUCAACUGGACUGGGCUCCUGGAUUUCCUUCCAAUUUUUCUUUUUUCUGAUCUGAUGGUGGCUAUUUAUGUUACUAUUUAUUAUUCAUUUUCAUGGCUGCUGCUAGUAGAAUCGAGCUCUGACUUUGAAUC